AUGAGUCAAAAGUUGUGGUUGUUCACCAACAAUACCAAGCGCAUUGGCAUUCACAGCCAUAAAUUAAGACCAAAGGAUAUAUGCUAAAUGAGCUUGGGACUGUUGGUGCAACCAUCACAACUUAGGGUUCGGUGAUAAGUAACCAAAUCUUGACCUUUUGUGGCCAAUUUUAGAGUUUCACGAGCGAAUAAAAAUGUAGACUUGUCAAUCAAUAGAGACCUGAUCUCCAGUAGAAUCUUUUGUUUUCUUCAGUGUUUUGAUUUAUUUAGUAUGUAUUUUGAUUCUAAUCUUUUGAAAUAAUAAAUCUCCUUUUUUUUUCUUCUAAUUUCUUGUCUCAUGCCGCUAGUAUGAUCUUCCAACCAAUUCUUUUUUCCUUUUUCUUUUUCAGACUCUGGUUUCAAGUCCAGUGGUACUUAGAACCCACAUGAAGAAGAGAAAUGUACCAAGCUGUAAUGUUAUCAAAGCUCUUAUGCCCAAAAGGAUUGAUCAAAAGUGAACUCAUGUAAGUUGGUCUGGGGAAGUUGGGAGUUCAUGCCUCAACUACUGUUGCAGCUGCUUGCUAUUCUACUUGUUGGCCGCUGUCUUUUCCUAGAACGAGAAACUCUAACCUUGUUGUCCUGCAUAAAGCUCAUGGGAACAACCCUUCCAACUCAGUCCUUCAGACCGAAUUUUAAUAAGAGGUUUCAGAAACGUUACGUUUCAUAACCCUCUCUUUUUACAAAAUGUGAGGCCGGUUCAAUUGGAUUGGAAUAAACGAAGACCGGUUUGUAAAUAGAACCAGUUUACAAAUGUUUAGCACAAUUCAAUUUCGAAAUUAGGAUAUUGCGCCUUAAAGGGCCUAAAAACCCUAAAAAUCUCGUUUUUUUUUUUUGUUGUUGUUAUCUAUCUCCCCAUCCAUCCCCAAUUACUACUGUGUUCUUCCUUCUCUUCUGCUUCUUUUGAGAUUUAGGCAAUUUCGUAGUUUGAGAUAUAUAUAUAAUCUUCAAUCCUCUCUGCAUCAAUUCUCUAGUAAGAAGACUUAGAACUUAAGAAAAGCUUAUGGAUCCGAUCGAAUCUGUGAAACAAGCGAACAAGAAGAUGGAGGAGGAGAGGAAGCCGAAAGUGUCUUUUCCCGAAGCUGUCGCAAAGAUCGAUCCUUCAGAUCUUGCGGCUAACCUUGUCGAUUUAUCGAAAUUGCAUUGGUUUGAACCGGAGGAACAGCUACUGAAAUUUGUCGAGUACCUUGGGAUAACACUUUCCGAUGUGCAAUUUCCAUGGGCCAACAUGUUCAACGACUCUACUUUCCCCAAGCUGAUCCAUCUCAUCCAUGUUCCAUUAUCUCAGGUUCCUCGUCCUGUCUACAAAACAUCAGCGGAUUGGAUCAAACAAGUCUGUAUUACGACACUCGCUGCCUUUGUAAUGUGGGCGUCUAAUCAUAUUCUCACUUGUUUGGAAGAAGCCAAACAACAACAAGCAGAUCAUCCCAAAGGCGCUGGUGGGGAGAUUGAUGCUGCGCAACAACAACCUCCUCCUAAAUCCAAAUCUAAGGUAGCAAUAUUUGUUGCAUUAGCAAUGGUAUUGCGUAAGAAGCCUAAAGCUUUGGCUAUUGUAUUGCCGGCUAUGAGGGAUAGGCGUAAGUAUCGGGGACAGGACAAGCUUCCCUUUAUAGUUUGGAUGAUGGCUCAGGCCUCCCGAUAUGAUUUAGCUGUAGGCUUGUUUUCAUGGGUGCGUAACUUGUUACCACUAGUCGGUACCUACUCUCCUCAGUCAACAGAUCUCAUCAUGCAGUUGGUUAAGAAAAUUUUGUCGAAUCCAAAAGCUCGGGCUAUACUUGUAAAUGGAUCUGUUGCAGAGAGAUCACCACGGGUGAUUCCACCUCCUUCAUUUGAGAUCUUGCUAAGGCUUACUUUCCCUGUUUCUUCCGCAAGAGUAAAGGCUACAGAGAGGUUUGAAGCAAUUUAUCCCUUGUUGAAGGAUGUGGCUCUUGCCGGUAUACGAGGAAGCAAAUUAAUGAAACAAGUCACUGAACAAAUGUUCACUCUUUCUUUGAAAUUAGCUGGGGAAGAAGGAAACCCUCCUUUAGCCAAGGAAGCUACAACAAUCGCUAUCUGGUCUUUGACGGAAAAUGUAGAUUGCUGCAAGCUCUGGGAAAGGCUUUAUUAUACGAAUAAAGAAGCUAGUGGUGCUCUUCUUAAAAGGCUUGUAGGCGAAUGGAAGGAUCAUUACCUCAAACUAUCAUCAUCUCCGAGUGAUAAACUCACUCUCAGUAGAACUAUGUUGAGCUUCAUGCCGAUGGUACUCUUAAGGAAAAAGCCAUCACCGAAGGAGGAGAAGCCAAUGGUUCUCUUUACAAAGAAGCUUACAAGUCCUGCAAAGUGAUCUCGGAAAGACUCUCCCGUGGAAGUGGCUGCCUCAAAGAAGCUGGUGAAUUCAUGGGAAUACUUCAACGUAAUCAUCAAAGCUUUGACGAACUAAGAGAGAAAUAUCAUUGUCCUUGCGUUGCUUUAAA